AUGGGGUCAAGUCGAGAUAAUUGCAAAAGGAAGGUAGAUUUUGAUGCUAGAGAGGCUUUGGUUGAGGAGAAUGAGCAGCAGAACCUCAUCAUCAUUGGCAGCUCUGAGGAACCAGAUAUCCCUGAGUUAGCCAUGAUGGUAGUGAAAAACACAAUAAUUGGGGACAAGAACAUAGAUAUCAUGGUGGAGCUACAGAAGGAUUGUGGGCAACAAGAUAUUGGGGAACCUUUAAGGAAACCCCAUGCUGCAACAUUACUGUGGGUACUGGACCUCCUCUUGUUUUCAUUUGGUGUGAACUCCUUGUGUACAUUCCAGAGCAUAAACCCUAGCCGCUUAUUCGAACUUCCCUUUUUCCGUAAAACCCUUCCUUCCUCUUCCCUCUUCAAAAACAGCUUCGGUAAAAUGGCAUUUCACAACAAAUUUGGAACCCUGUUGAGGCAGAGUAUAUCUGCUAGCAGCGCAAUGAAUGGACAACCCUCCAUGUUUAAUGCUAUUAGAUGCAUGUCAUCGAAGCUCUUUGUUGGAGGGCUUUCGUGGGGAACUGAUGACCAGACCUUGAAAGAUGCAUUUUCAAGCUUUGGCGAUGUUACUGAGGCAAAAAUUAUUACUGAUAGAAACAGUGGAAAGUCCAGAGGAUUUGGCUUUGUGAGCUUCUCCAGUGAUGAAUCUGCCACCUCAGCACUGUCUGCCAUGGAUGGGCAGGAAUUGAAUGGGAGGAACAUCCGUGUGAGUUAUGCUCAGGAGAGACCAGCUCGUAGCUUCAACAGUGGUGGUGGUUUCGGUGGUGGUUUCGGCGAGAACAGCGGCUAUUGA